CGAGCGCCGCUGCCAGGCAGUAGAGUCGAGAGUGCUGGGUCCGGAGAGCCGCGCGGGUGGAGGGUCUCAGGGCGGGCGCCGCGGGACCUUGCCGGGCCAUGGCACCCCCUGUCAAAGGGAAAAGGAAACAAUCAGAGGAGGGUGACACCCUAGACCCACCUGCAUCCCCUAAACCUGAUGGUGAGCAGAGCAGGAGCCAGAGCCCCAUCCAGCUGGAGGACUCCUCUGAGGCAGGCGGGGAGCGAGAGGAGGAGCAGGCCUUCCUGGUCAGCCUCUACAAGUUCAUGAAGGAGCGACACACACCCAUCGAGAGGGUGCCCCAUCUCGGCUUCAAGCAGAUUAACCUGUGGAAAAUCUACAAGGCAGUAGAGAAGCUGGGAGCUUAUGAGCUGGUGACAGGUCGCCGCCUCUGGAAGAACGUAUACGACGAGCUGGGGGGCAGCCCCGGCAGCACCAGUGCGGCCACCUGCACACGCCGCCACUAUGAGAGGCUGGUCCUCCCAUAUGUGCGGCACCUGAAGGGGGAGGAUGACAAGCCGCUGCCCCCCUCCAAGCCCAGGAAACAAUACAAGAUGGCCAAGGAGCAGCGAGGGGAUGACUUCACCACUGAAAAGCCGAAGAAGGCCAAGGAGGAGCGGCAGAUGGACCAGAUGAUGCCAGGAAAGACCAAAACAGAUGUCACUGAACCACCACCACUUCCCAGCCAGGAGCCCCCCAGGGACAGCACAGAACAGCUAGGUCCACCCUCUGGGCCCUCUCUUCCCUUUGUGGGUGCCAGCGGCUGCCCUGAGGCCUACAAGCGGCUCCUGUCCAGCUUCUGCAAAGGGACACAUGGCAUCAUGUCACCAUUGGCCAAAAAGAAGCUCCUGGCCCAAGUGAGCAAGGCAGAGGCCUUGCGGUGCCAGGAGGAAGGCUGUCGCCAUGGGGCAGACAGCCCCAACAAGGAGCCCCAGGCAUCCACAGCCAUUCACCCCCGCAAGAGUCCUGGGAGCCCAGGAGGGCUGGCUGAGAAUUCCAGGCACCAGCUGACCCCUCAGGAGGGAUUGCAGGCCCCUAUCAGCAGCCUCAGGGAAGAGGCUCAGAUGGGCCCCUGCCCAGCAGCCCCCAUCUUCACAGGCUGUUUCCACACCUGUCCCACCGAGGUGCUGAAGCCUAUCAGCCAGCACCCCCAGGACUUCUUCUCCAGGCUUAAAGAUGGGGUGCUCUUGGGGCCUCCCAGCAAAAAGGAGGGGCUGUCAGUCAAAGAGCCCCAGCUGGUGUGGGGCGGUGAUGCCAACCGCCCUUCUGCAUUCCACAGAGGCGGCUCCAGGAAGGGCAGCCUCUACCCCAAACCCAAAGCCUGCUGGGUAUCCCCCAUGGCCAAAGUCCCAGCUGAGAGCUCUGUGCCCCCACCCACCUUCCCCAGCAGCCCAGGCCUCAGCAAUAAGCGCAGCCUGGAGGAAGACAGUUUUGCCCAUGGUGGCAAAAAACUGCGUGCAGUGUCUCCCUUUCUUAAGGAAGUGGACGCCAAAGAGUGUGGGACCAAACCCGCAGGGCCUGGCCUGGCUGUCUCCUGCCUGCUGGGCCCAGCUCUGGGGCCUGCCCCCCCGGAAGCCUACAGGGGCACCAUGCUGCGCUGUCCACUGAACUUUGCCAGCACCCCGGACCCCUUAAAAGGCCAGACCACACUCCCCUUCAGCCCUCUGGUCAUCCCGGCCUUCCCAGCCCACUUUCUGGCCUCUACAGGCCCGUCACCUAUGGCCACUGGCCUGAUGCACUUUCCCCCUGCAUCCUUCAACAGUGCCCUCCGCCACAGACUUUGCCCAGCUUCGUCUGCCUGGCAUGCACCACCGGUCACAACCUAUGCAGCACCCCACUUCUUCCAUCUCAACACCAAGCUGUAGGUCUCAGCAGACAGCAUUGUGAUGGGCUGCCCUGCAGAGGAUCUGCCAUGGCCUAGUAUGAGCAGGGACUCGGGUCAGGGCUAGAUCACACGAACCAAGAGCCCUGGGUCGUGCUGCUGGCCAGGCAGCCUGGUGUAAGGAGGAAGACAGUGGGAAAACUGGGUUUGUCUCAAGGAGCUGCUUAGGAAAGAAGGUGCAGGAUUGGCAGCUGGGAGCUGGCUGGCAGCUCAGGCAUUCAAGUUGCCCAUGGAAAGUCCAAUAAAAAGACACCAAUGUGAAUCUACCCAACUCCAACAUGUGCAUGGUGUGGACCUUUGAAAGGGCAGUUGAGACAGGACAAGCUUGUGGGUAGGCCUGUCAGUGGAGGAGUCAGGAAGAUAGACCUGAAGGCCCCACCUCACUGAAGAGUGGGCCCAAAGUA